AUGAACGACGACAUCUACAAUGCAUUCGCAGACGCAUACGUUAAGGAGACCUUAGGUCAUAACCCCCGAGGCAAAUACAGCCCAGUUGACACUACCAAGGGUUUAUUCGGUGGUCUCUCAAAAGAAAACGAUCUAGAGGCGAUUCCCAAACUGAAAAAGAAGAAAUUGUUUUCAAAAGCCAAGAUAAUUUCCACCUAUGACAACAUCAAGAACAAAUUAAUCAGCAGCGAGCAGAAAUAGGCUCAAAAGCAGUUAAAAAAUCAACAGAAAAUCAUCAAUGAAAACAACGCAGCAUUCAGCUUUUUCCAAUUAAAUUCAGGCAAGGAUAAUGGAGAGGGUUCUGGCAGAAAUAUGACUAAAGCAUUUGUUAGUUUUGCAGUGGCCGGAUUCUUCUUGCUGAUGGCAUUAUUCAAUCUUCCUUCACUGGUACUUGCUCCGCAAAUGUUCAGCUUAAUGUUCACUAUUGCUAUGAUUAGUGCCAUCGUAGGCAUUGCUUUCAUGAAUGGGCCUUCUGAAUACGCUAAAAAGUUAACUCUCAGAAUUAAUAUUAUCGCAUCAGUAGUAAUGAUGGCCUCCAUUAUCUUAAGUCUGUAUUACUCAGUCAUCGAUAGAAGUUAUUGGAUGUCUCUAUUCUUCUGCUUUGUUCAGGUAAAUUCCUACAUCCUAAUAUUUUUAAUCUAGUUCAAUGCAGUUAUUCUAUUCUUCUUUAACACUUUCCCAGCUGGUAGAGCAGGAUUCGAUGCAGCCAAGGGUAUGGCUAACACCAUGCUAGCUCAGAGAUUUAGAUGA